AUGACGUAUGCGACGUUAGGGGCUUUAUUAGCACAAUAUGUGCUGAAAAGGGGAAUAGGGCGGGAUGAAAAAGCAUAUACGAAAAGCCUAUGGGAAGAUGUAAAAGCGCUACUCGAAGAAUUUGUGAAAUAUUUGGAAGAUGAGAACCUAGACAGCUAUGCAGCUAAUUGUUUGAACGCGGGUUAUAGGAGUCUGAGGCGAAAAGAAACAUUUAAGGUAAAGAUAGUAGCGGAUAGACUAAUGUGCACACUCAUGUCACGAGCAUUAUUUUUCAUGAACAGGUGGCCACAGCAGUCCGGGGUUUCGCACGAAAGAGAAGAUGAGAAUGCAGCGUUGAAGGAAUAUAUAAGGUGCGCAAUAGUAAAUAUAUUUAUGUCCAUAUUGCUGGCAUCUCCAUGCAAAAGUCAAAUGGGAAUAGAUAAUGCAUGGUACACAAUGAAAGAACUGGAGAAAGCUUCGCCUGGAUUAAUUAAAGGGGGAAAGUGCGGCCAGGGAGUGUUUCAAAACAUACAAACACAGCAAUUCGACAUGGGGCACAAGAUUCAGGAAUGGUUAGAGAAAAACAAGAAGUUGACUGAAGACAUUGGACGGGGACAAGUACAAGGCAAAUGUAAGGAAGAGAUAAAAGGACUUGACGGGGCCACAAAGGGUACACAUAACAUGGAUGAAGAAAUAGAAAUGAAGACAGAGGAGAGAGACGCUAUACGUGAGUUAGGCCAACAACUGAAGACCAUAGUUCAGGAGGUAAAGACGGGCGCAGUGCAAUGCGCGCAGACACCUGGAACAUGCAUGAAGUCUAUCCAGGACGUCUCCAGCAGCAAUCCUGAGAAUGCCGAGAGUAAGGCCACAGUACCGAACUCUGUCGCCGGCGGAAAACCAGCACCAGACGUACCGGCAGGUAAGGACCGAUGGCAGAAUGCGCAUACGCGGCCGGCACCGAUAUGA